CACAAACAGAGAGUGAACAGAAAGAGCGAAAGAGACAUGGGAAUUGGAACUUCAAGGCUAUCACUGUUUAUACUAUUUUAUUUCUAAAAGAGAUGCUUUUAGGACCUCAACAACAAAAUCGAGCAGAUAGUAGAACAAACAAACAAAGAUGAAGCUGUUGUGGGUUGUAAUGCUGCUAGUCGACACUGUGUUUGGUGUCGCCGCCGAUAACAAGAAGAAGAACAUUGGGACUGUGAUUGGGAUUGAUCUGGGGACCACAUACUCAUGUGUUGGAGUGUUCAAGAAUGGGCGUGCAGAGAUUAUUCCAAAUGACCAGGGAGGCAGAAUCACCCCCUCCUACGUGGCCUUCACAAGUGAAGGUGAACGUCUGAUUGGUGAUGCUGCCAAGAAUCAGCUGACCUCUAACCCUGAGAACACCAUUUUUGAUGCAAAGAGGCUGAUUGGUCGAACAUGGGGUGACUGGUCUGUGCAGGAGGACAUCAAGUACCUGCCCUUCAAGGUUACUGAGAAGAAGAGGAAGCCACAUAUCCAGGUUGACAUUGGUGGUGGCCAGGUUAAGACCUUUGUUCCUGAGGAGGUCUGUGCGAUGGUGCUGACUAAGAUGAAGGAGACUGCUGAGGCUUACCUUGGCGAGAAGGUCACACAUGCUGUGGUCACUGUCCCAACCUACUUCAAUGAUGCCCAGCGCCUGGCAACUAAGAAUGCUGUUACAAUUGCUGGUCUGAAUGUUGUGCGAAUCAUCAAUGAGGCAGCUGCUGCUGGUAUUGCUUAUGGCCUGGACAAGAAGGAUGGAGUGAAGAACAUUCUUGUCUUCGAUCUGGGCGGUGGCAGCUUUGAUGUUUCUAUUCUGACCAUUGACAAUGGUGCAUUCCAAGUGGUAGCCACCAAUGGUGACACUCAUCUGGGAGGUGAGGACUUUGACCAGCGUGUCAUGGAGCACUUUAUUGAGCUGUACAAGAAUAAGACUGGCAAAGAUGUGCGCAAAGACAACCGUGCUGUGCAGAAGCUGCGUCGCGAGGUUGAGAAGGCAAAGAGGGCUCUGUCUGCCCAGCACCAAGCCCGCAUUGAGAUCGAGUACUUCUUUAAGGGACAAGACUUCUCUGAGACCCUGACUCGUGCCAAGUUUGAGGAGCUGAACAUGGACCUUUUCCGGUCCACCCUGAAGCCUGUACAGAAAGUGCUGAAAGAUGCUGAAUUGAAGAAGUCUGAUAUUGAUGAGAUUGUCCUGGUUGGAGGCUCCACUCGUAUCCCCAAAAUCCAGCAGUUGGUGAAGGAGUUCUUCAAUGGCAAGGAGCCAUGUAGAGGCAUCAACCCUGAUGAGGCUGUGGCAUACGGAACUGCUGUGCAGGCGGGUGUGCUUUCAGGAGAACUGGACACUGGUAAUGUGCUUCUUAUGGAUGUGUGCCCCAUGACCCUUGGUAUUGAAACAGUUGGGGGAGUAAUGACCAAGCUGAUCCCCAGGAACACAGUGGUGCCCAUCAAAGAAUCCAAGAUGUUUACUACACCCUCUGAUGACCAGACAACUGUCGCCAUCAAAGUCUAUGAAGGUGAGCAUCCUUUGACCAAAGACAACCAUUUCCUGGCUACCUUUGACCUGACUGGCAUCCCCCCUGCUCCUCGUGAAGUACCGCAGAUUGAAGUGACCUUUGAGAUUAAUGUCAAUGGCAUUUUAUGUGUCACUGCUGAGGACAAGGCCACAGGCAACAAGAACAAGAUCAUAACUGACCAGAACUGGCUAACACCUGAGGACAUCAAACGCAUGGUGAAUGACGCCGAGCACUUUGCUGAAGAAGACAGGAAGCUGAAGGAGAGGAUCAAUGCUCACAAUGAGCUGGAGGGCUACGCAUACUCCCUGAAAAACCAAAUUGAAUCCAUUGAGAACGCAGUGGAGGAGAAGAUUGAGUGGUUGGAGUCCCACCAAGAUGCUGAGCUGGACGACGUCCAGACCAAGAAGGAGGAGCUUGGGGAAGUGGUUCAGUCCAUUAUCAGUAAGAUCUGUGGUAGUGCAGGUGGUCCACCAGCAGAGGGCAGUAAGCAAAAUGAGAAGGAUGAGUUGUAGGCAGGUCUGAAGUCUUAACACUCCUUGACCCUCUGGCAUGUUGGUGUACAUAUUGGACUGAUGGGACUGAAAUUGUCACAGGAGUGGUUGGGAAGGGGCUAACAAGUGACCAUACUGAAUGUAGCUGACGCUAAAAUGUUUGUGUGGGUUGCCAUGACACCAGAAUCGCGUCUGAGAUCGUUAUAUUGUUUUCUAUUUGUUUUCCUGUAUUUAGAACUCAUGUUUGUGUACACUUGCAGUAGAAAGAGACAAUCUAUGAGUCCAGUGAUACAUUUUUCUUAUAAAAAAUGUUUCUGUUAAAAAUGAUCCUGAAGUAGUCACUUCCUGUGAGACGCAGGAACCAGAAGUUUUGUGCGGGAGAGACAAGACAAUGAUAACAUGGAAUCUGCAACUUUUCUACUGCUGGUUUUACCAGGCGUACACAGUAAAAACAUGCUGGUUAAUUUGUUAAGCACUUGUGCACUUUGUGAAAAGUAAUAACUGGUUGGAUGGAUGUCAUAUGUGCUAUUGAUAUUAUUUUACUUGUUUCUAGUUUUCACGGUGCUUCAUGAUUGUGAGAGGAAUAAAAAAGAAUUGUGGACAUCAGUACGAAGCGUUCUUUUGACCAGAGUCGAUACACUGUGUUAUGAGAUUCUAUGUUUUUAUGUGUUUUAUUCUUUGUUUUAUUAUCUUUUAAUAUUCAAGCAUAUUGUAAAGUGUUUAUAUAUUUCACAGAAUUUGCUGUACUUCCCCAUGUCACAAGAUUCGAUGUAUUGCUCCAUUGUCAUGCAACCCGACAGUGAACUCUGCAAUACAAAUAGUUUAAGCGGGAAACAGAUGCGGGUCACCCAGACUACAAUAGAAAACGGAUGAGGCACCUAAACCACAACAGGAAAACAGAUGCGCGACUCCCUAACCACAAAAGAUUAAGUCAGCGCCACGUCUUUUAGAAAGAAGCAGACACACACACACAUAUACAACUGUUGGUUUAAAGGAAUUUGUAAAAGAGGAAAUGUGACGUAUUUGCAUACGCGAUGUAACCUAUAAAUAAAGAACUGUGCCUGCACUCAGGGUGUGGGUCUCGCCA